AUGAGCUGGACCAACUUCUGCAUUUUGCACAACAGAUGGAUUUCGUUUCUUAAACUGGAAGUCAUUUCUCAACUUGGGAAAAUUGCAGAAAAGCUGCAAACAGUGGGUCAGAUUAACACUGAACACAUCACCUAUUGUUCGAGAAGCACCGGGAACGUCAAGAGGGACACAUCUGAAGGGAAAAUGUUUCUGGCUGCGUUCAUCGUGACGGUGCUCCUCCUCUCAGGUGUCAGUGUAAAAUCAGCUGCUGUAAACUCCAGGGAAGGAGAUGAUGUUACUCUGCUGUGUCACAAUGUGGUUUAUCCUGACUGCUCCUCCACUACAUGGAUAUAUUACCCCAUACAAACUAAAACACGCAUUAUACUGAUUAAUCGUGGGAAAAUCGAAGACUCGCACAGAGAUGGGAAAAUGAAGCUGCAAGCAGACUGUUCUCUGCACAUUCAUAAUGUCAGUGCUGUAGAUGCUGGGCUCUAUACAUGUCAGCAGUUUAUUGACAUCUUUAAGCAUGGAGAUGAUGCCAAAGUUUAUCUCUCUGUUCUUACCAUUUCUCCAGUUGCAGGGCUGGAGGCUAGCAGGGCCCUGCAGUGUCUGCUGUACACCCAUGAAGGUCCUGGACGGUGUGAUCGUGCCCCGUUUCACACUGUGACUCUGCGGUGGGUUAGUGACACAGACCCCCCGGGGCAGAAAGAUCCCAACUCCCAGACACGCACAGACCCCUGUAACUCCACUCUGCCGAUUGACCAUCGGAGGACAGAGAAGGACCAGAGGAAAUGGCGAUGUCAGCUGCUGGAUGCGGGGAAGGUGACGCUCACAUACAGCUACACAUCUGACAGCUCAGGCUACAGCCAGAUGGCUGCUACAAGCAUAGAGCUUCCAGUGAGAUUGACGGUCUUCUUCCUGGCCCUAAUCACUCCCCCCAUCAUUGGUGCCGCCCAUUACAUGAGGAGGAGGAAGAUGCUUCCAAAAGGGCAAGAAUAUGAAAACACCAGGACAAAAACAUCUACUUUAUAGCAGUGCAUCAUGUUCACCUACUCUAUAUGUUCAUUAUAAUUGCUGGCUUUUGCAUUAAUGUUUAUGAUUAUCCAGCAAAUUUUACCGUUCAGGACUUAUGCUUGACUACAGUUUGUGGGGCAAAUGUAAGCAUUUCAGGAUGGAAGGGCCUCAUGCCAUAAGCUCCAGGUUUUCAGAAACUAUGUAUUAGAUCACGUUAUGAAAUACGGAUGUGCAAAGCAUGGGAUUUAAGUAUGAAUUUCAGUAGUUUCAGUACAAUGGAUGGCAGUUCUGUAGUGCGGUCAGGCGUUGGACUGUUUUUUCUUCAUGUUUUGUAUGUAUCAGGCGAGUCCCUGCCGAGUAAGCAGAUCUCCACACUUUAUAUAUAUAUAAUAUAUAUAAAAUA